AUGUCGGGAUCACCGAAGUCGGCGUACUACCGGGCGCUGCACGUGCUGGCGGGGGCGGCAGGAAGGAGGCAGGAGGAGAGGUUCAGGGAGGUGAGGGACUGCAUGGCGGGCGAGGUGUACGACUCGGGGCCCGUGGACUUCACGUCCAAGCAGGGUGUGAUGGCCCUAUCAAGCCAGAAGGGUGGCCUGAUGGCUUGGCUGGUGAACUCUGGUGUCGAGACUGUGGCCUGCACCAUGGACUUCUUCUUGGUGGAGUGGCUGGAGGCAGACCGCCGGCGCUACUGGGACACGCUGCGGAGUAGUCUGGUAAAGGGCCCAGCACUGUUCCUGUACUCGGAGGCAGAUCCCUUUGUGGACG